AGAUGCUCUCACCAGUAAGCUACAGGUUAAUGGAGACUCGUGGGACCCAAGACCACUAAAACUACGUUCAUGUGACAAAUAUCCUGCAUACUGCUUGGACUAGAAUGUCAAUAUCUGCAUAUAUGCUGUAUGUAACGAUAGAAAUGUAAUGGUGAAUUUUUGCCCUGGUGAAUAUAUGAGAAAGAUGUGAUUGCUAAAACAGUCGCAUGUCAAAAUCGAGAAUGUCUACAGUUUGGUUAAUAUAGCUCACUGUUUAUAAGAAGUAAAAACAUGAUUUGUCUUUAUCAGCCUAUAUUCACUAAGGGGAAAGUUUGGUGAAGGUGUGAACACUUUAUUGAGUUCACCCGUGGUACAUUUAUAGUCUGUUCAUAUUUUAAAAUUGAUUGGUCAUAUUAAUUAAUUAUAUGUUCUAUAAGUUAUAUAGUCAGUAGUAUGUUGUCAGACUAGUCAGUAAGUUAUAGAUUCAGGCCUCCAUUUUAAACCACCAUAGACUGAAUAUACCAAUUUUUAGAAUUCAUACCCGCCUCCCAGGUUUGGGGGAUUAAAACAAAAGAAAUCACAUGUUAGUUCAGGGAUGAAAAAUACGUUUCUUUUGUUUUAUUCCCCCAAGCCAUGGAACCAACUAUGAAUUUUGAUGUCUGUCGGACCUGCUCAUAGAAAUAAAUAAAUAGGUUAAUAGAUAUGAAUAAAUAUGGUUUCAGCUGACUUUUUUAACGUGGAAAUGAGGCUCGUUUUAUUGAUAGUAUAUUACAUGUUUUACUCUCUACUUGUUAACCAAGAGUGAGUUAAUUACAGGGAAAUGUCGGAGAUCAAUACAUCAAGGCCGAAGUCUGAGAUUUCCCUGUAAUGGCCGAACAGACGAGGUUAAGAAGUUAUUUAUUAUAUGGCCUUUUCAUUAUGGACCUGAGCCUGUGAUCAAUUAAAACCAAUAACUGGUCAGCAGAUAACUUAAAAAAAACACGCCACCUCAAUGAAUUGUACACUUAAGCAUGCGUUACAGUCAGGUGACACUGGUCAGCUGAUGCCCUCUUUGACAGCUGUUAACUGACCAUAACAUGGAUAUCCGUUAUCAAGUUAAACAGAUUGUAUAUGCGUUGGACACUUUGCCAGUAAUUCCCGGUCAUUAUAAGAAAACAGCCAAUCAGAGUGCAUUGUACUAUUGUAGCCAUAGAACAAUCGGCCAUAAUAUUUCUGACAUGAUUUAAUAACUUUAGCAGUUUUAAGCUGCUAAAUUAAUUAAAUUAUGUUAGUAAUAUUAUACUGGUCCUCUUGAUGCGUCAUAAGAAAACAACAGGUGUUGUAAUCACUGAAAGCAUCUCGGUAAUUAACAGUUCAAGCUGUUUGUUAUUUCAGGUGUGGUUUUUUUUUUCUUUCAAAGAAAGGCUCUCCUGAACUUAUUUUCUUUUGCUGACCAAAGUAAUAAUAAGAUUUCUGACAUAAUUUAAUAACUUUAACAGUUUUAACCUGUUAAACUAAUUAAAUUAUGUUAGUUAUAUUAUGCUGGUCCUCUUGCUGCCUCAUGAGAAGACAACAGGUGUUGUAAUCACUGAAAGCAUCUCGUUAAUUAACAGUUCAAACUGUUUUUUAACUCAAGUGUAGUUUUUUUCUUUUAAAGAAAGGCUAUGCUGAACUUAUUUACUUUCGCCUGACCAAGGCAAUAAUAAUAUUACUGACAUGAUUUAAUAACUUUAACAGUUUUAAGCUGUUAAACUGAUUAAAUUAUGUUAGUUAUAUUAUGCUGGUCCUCUUGCUGCCUCAUGAGAAGACAACAGGUGUUGUAAUCACUGAAAGCAUCUCGUUAAUUAACAGUUCAAACUGUUUUUUAACUCAAGUGUAGUUUUUUUCUUUUAAAGAAAGGCUAUGCUGAACUUAUUUUCUUUCGCCUGACCAAGGCAAUAAUAAUAUUACUGACAUGAUUUAAUAAUUUUAACAGUUUUAAGCUAAUAAAAUUAUUAAAUUAUGUUAGUAAUUUUAUACUGGUAAUUAUUUUCUUUCGCCUGAUUAAAGUUUCACUACCAAGCUUUUGUUUAUAAGCAAAAUUCUUUUCAUUCCUUUGCGAUUCCCAGAGGUUACUUCAAUAGACUAAAUUUCACUGUAAGGCUGCGUGCGAACGGACGCAACAUUGUUGACCAACAACUCCCAACAUUAUUGGAUGUUACAUGGUACGUCCGUUGGCACACCCUGUUGCAUGUUGUUGCGCAAAGUUUGAAACCGGUCAAACUUUUAGCCCCGUGCAAACGGACGCAACAACUCCCAAAAUUGUUGGGAGUUGUUGCGCCCGUUUGCACGUAACCUAAGAGUGCUAAUGUGAGUAAUUUACUUGUUCAUCAUAAUUAGAAUGCGGUCAGCGAUGACGAUGACCGCGUCUUUUGAAGCUCAGUAGUUUUGUGUCAAUCUUGUUAAUGGGCCAUAAUUAGUUUUACUAUACUGUGCCCUUCUCCAUUCUUAAUUUCUUUGCUAACCUAAUGUACAUGUAGUUUUCAGUCUAAACACUGAUGCACUGAUGCACUAUUUUUUUGAUAGAAUGGAGUAAAUAGAAAUAAAAGUACAAAUAGAAAUGUUUAACCAGGAUGAUAACCGGCUAAUGUUGGGUCCAUAUUGUAAUUUUGUAUGAGUGUUUUCAGUGUACACAUGUUCUUCUUUUUUAUCAAGUUUCCCACAGACCUUGGACGGAUCGCAGUGUAAAAAGCUCCAAGAGAUAGUGCUUAACAUAAUGUCAGGUGAUCUACCCACUUACGUGGCAUCCUUUGGUAACUCCGAUGUGAACAGUGUGGGUGAUUGGGUCAAAAUUCUUAAUUCCAAACCAGCAAAUGAGGUAAAUAAAUGCCGGGUAUACUCUUUUUUUUUUAUAAGAAUGUUGUUUUUUCGGCCGAGGCUGAAUAUUCUUAUUUUUCUGCCGAUUUUAGGCUGAAAAUAUUCUUGUAUUAUUCUUAAAUUAUAGCUUGUGACAUUUCCGUUUUAGAAUUUAUUGGGGUAUCAAUUACAAGUGUUUGGUAUCUAGAUCUGUGCUGAAUAUUGUACAUAUGUAUUACAUGUACCGUUCAUCGAACUGUCAUUAGCGUUGAACAUUUUUCUGUAGCUAGUCCAGGUUUUUUCGUUUUGUUAGCUAGUUUCGCCGUUCAGAGAAAGGAAUAAUUUUAUACGGUUAAGUUAAAAACAUAAAAUUGUAUUGUAUUUACAGAUGUUUCAACACACAAAAUUAUAUCUAUCCUUUUCAAAAUCUCAGCCUCGGCUUUAUUCUUAAAAUGUUCUUAAAAUUUCGCCAAUUUCAGCCUCGAUAUUCUUAUAAAAUAUAUUCUUACAAAAAAAAGGAGUGUAUUUGAUGCUGAUUGUUAUCUUCUCCUGAGUAGAUGAGUCAACGACUUUUACAAGAUAACUUUACGACUGAAAUAUUUUUCACCUUACAAGAUAUAUUUUUUAACUGCGGCAGAUUUAUAUCAGUCCAUAGAAUGUUGCACGGCAGUGCGGAAGGUCGCGGGCUUGAUUCCCGGAGCCGGACCAAUGCUUAGGGUGUUCAAUUAACUGAGAAAUAAAGGCACUGCCUUUGUCCUGCAAAACGGAAAUUAACUGAGAAAUGAACGCAGUAAAUUAAGGCAUUGCCUUUGUCCUGCAAAACGGCAAUUAACUGAGAAAUGAAGGCAGUAAAUAAAGGCACUGCCUUUGUACUGCAAAACGGCUACACCGUCGCGUAGCUCUGAUCGAUAGAAAUGGCGCGUUCCCGUCUGCAUUAGGAGGCGUGAUAAAACGUACUGUCUUGCUAUGUACAACUGAAACUGCUGUGUUUAUUGAAACUUUAAAAAUUUUUUUUGUUUUUUAAAGUAUUUGAUUGAUUUUGCUUCGAAUACUCGUUCUUGGGUUUGUGGUCAUUUUGUUUAAAUUUAGGUUGCUUUUAAAAAUUUCUUUCUUUGAUAGGCUGAAGAAGGAAAUGGUGGCUGUCGGAAUAUGAUACUUGGACUUCACAUUGAAGUUUUGUUCGCUAAUUUUGGUUUCCUGGCUAACCCUCAACCAAAGGUAAUAAAUGCUUUUUUUCUUUGGUCUUUUUGUUUAUUGGUGUAUAUCAUUUUCUUUUGUCCUUUAUUUGGUUUCUGCUUGGAUAACCUUCCUUUUGGUUUCUUUAUGGAAGUUUGAAUCGGAGUGCAACUUUAUGCCAUUAUACAACAUAACAGACGGGCCCAUUCGUGGGGCCUAAAGUUAGAAAGAUGCAGAGGGCCAUUUGAUACAGUUGAACUUCUCUACAAACGGCCACCUUGGGGACAGAAGAAAGUGACCGUUGUAGAGAGGUUUUAAACAAGAGUCAAUGUAUGAUUUUUUUUCCGCCGGGACGAAAAACAGUGGCCGUUGUAGAGCGGUAGCCGUUAGCGGAGCUUCGACUGAAGUUAUCAUCAUCAUCAUCAUCGUCAUCAUAUUCAUCAUCAUCUUACGGCUCGUUAUUACUUCUUUCAGACAAACCCAUUCGCUGUUCUGCCAUACACUUACCUUAUCCUUUUUCUGUUGUGCUAUACUUGCUAAGAGGAAUUAAUGACAAUCUAGGCUAUUGUAAAGGGUAUUUUGCUUUACGUGAUUUUCAGAUUGUCGGAGUUAUGUUUAAGUAUGACGAUCGUAAAGAUGUUCCAUACCAGGUAAGUGAAUAAAGUGUUGUUGUUGUUGAAAGUAGCCAAAUUUUAAUUCACCUAUUACUGGAAACGUUGCAAACAGGUUCCGUAAUCACUUGUAGACUCUUCAUUCGACCUAUAACGAGUUACGCAUAAGCUAGUCGUUAAGAUGCUACGCGUUUCUGUCAUGCAUUACGCUAAUUUCACGGCCAAUAAAGUACUUGGAAUCCAAUCGUCAAAUUAUCGAUAGACAUGAGAAGUCCUUUCAAAAGCAGCAUCUCCAUGAUGAAUUUUCAGGGAGAACUGCUUUACGCAACGGGAACCGGCUGUGAUUCUAGAUCUGAGGCUGGCUUGCGUUUCAGUCGCGAUAAUCCCUUUAAAAGCCACGUAUUGUGCGUCUAGCUCUCCUAGAGACGCAUAUUAGGAGACAGUUCCCACAGUUUAAUGUGACUUUACGUUGCAUUUCAGUGCGGAGGCGUUCAGUGCCAACCGGGCAGCUCUUCUGUGGAGCAAAAGGUUGAAGUCAUCACAUCCGUGGGAUUUGUGGACGUAUCUGACAAACCUCAAGCUCAGAUAAAACCCCGACCAACAUUUGAGGCCAAAGCAUCGUCUGAUUUCUUCUUUCCUUUUCUUUAGCAUCAUUUUUCGUGGCCACAACAUCGUACUUUUAUUCGAUUCGUUAAUACGACAAUUUCAAAGUUCUGUUUAACACGUGAACGUGCCUUAUUUGGACAUGGCUUGCAAGGAUACUGAUUCAUGUACAUCACUAGCCUAGAGGCCCACCUCACAGCUCAGAUCACGCUUGGCUGGGCGCAUUUCCUGUUUCCCUGAUACUCUUCGGCGCAGUCCCCUUCAAGUUGAUCCCUAGCGAUGGAUUAUUUGUAGAAUCCGUCCUCAGGAGAUCUGGAAACGAGAGGUGUUUAGUGGAUGCAGGCUCCGUCACAGGUCCCUGUCUACCGAACAGGGACGAGCAGAGGAACCUUGUGGCCCUUUAACUUCCCAAGGCAAGAUCAGCUGAGUGCUACGUAAGUGUCACGUGAAUUGGAUAGGCGUCGAUCCUUUUAAACGAAGUGCAGGACAACACGGCCUCAAAGUGUGGCUUAAAGAUCGUUGCUUUUCGUGAACUCCAAAGAACAUCGCAAAACCAUUGAAGUGGAAAAUUAGAAGAAGUUAAUA